CAUGUCUAGAGAGUUUCAAAUAUAUUUCACAUCACUUACCGACAUCUCAACCACACCAUUGUCCUCUUUCUUCUAUAUUGUUCAAUUUCAUUUUUUAUUAUGACUCGUCCUUCUAGAUUUCUACUUAGCACCAACUCAUCUUCAACGCCGGCGGCGGAGCCACCGUCGACGGUGACAGUGGAGUCUGAUUUCGUUGUAAUACUAGCUGCGUUGCUAUGUGCGCUGAUUUGUGUAGUAGGUCUCAUCGCCGUCGCGAGAUGUGCGUGGCUCCGGCGAGGAAUCGGCGCCGGCGGGAACGGUGGUAGUCAACCGUCGGCGAAUAAAGGAUUGAAGAAGAAAGUGUUGCAAUCGUUGCCUAAAUUCACCUACGAUCCAAGUAGUACGGCGAAUGGUGCGGCGUUCACGGCGGAGUGUGCGAUUUGUUUGGCGGAAUACGCCGUCGGAGAUGAGAUCCGUGUGCUGCCGCAGUGUGGACAUAGUUUUCAUCUUCAGUGUAUUGAUACUUGGCUGGGCUCACACUCUUCAUGUCCUUCUUGUCGUCAAAUUCUCGUCGUUGCUCGGUGCCGGAAGUGCGGUGAGUUCCCGGCAGUUUCCUGUAAAUCCGACGGAGCUCCGGUUACAACUCCGGCCGAGUCUCGUUCAUGUGGUACAUCUACUAGCUCAAAUAAUUUCUUGGUCUAGAAUAAAAAAGAGGCAUUAGUUUUUUUAAGUUAUAUACUCUGACAAGUCGGUGUAAACGGUAAAUGUAAUUUACACUAUCAGUGCAGUUUUACCUGUGGUAACAUAUCAGUUACUGUGUUGAUGCAGGUUAGGGGUAAAGUUACAUGUAAUUAAUCUUAAAUUACAUCGUUGUAAUGAUGUGUGUAAAUUUUCUUUUAAUCUAGUGAAAGAUAACAUCAAUGGUGUAGCCUUAACAACAACUUAAGUAA